AUGGCUUUGAAAGGGAUUCUUGGUUUCGAAUACGGAAUAGUUCAAGCGCCACUAGGACCAGAUAUCUCCGGUCCGGAGCUUGUAGCCGCCGUCGCUAACGCCGGAGGAAUCGGUCUUCUCCGUUGUCCUGAUUGGGAGUGUCCUGAUUAUGUGAGAGAUAUUAUACGGAAGACCAAGACAUUGACUGACAAACCAUUCGGGAUCGGUGUUGUUCUCGCGUUCCCUCAUGAUCUCAACAUUAAGACAAUCUUGGAAGAGAAGGUUGCUGUGUUACAGCUUUAUUGGGGUGAGUGUUCCAAGGAGCUUGUGGAUGAUGCUCACCGUGCUGGAGUCAAAGUUGUUCCUCAGGUGGGGAGUGUUGAAGAAGCUAGAAAGGCUGUUGAUGUAGGAGUAGAUGCUAUUAUUGUUCAAGGGCAUGAAGCAGGUGGGCAUGUUCGUGGGAAGGAUAGUCUCUUUUCAUUGUUGCCAAGAGUAGUUGAUCUGGUUAAGGAAUGUGAUAUUCCGGUUAUCGCUGCUGGAGGGAUUGUUGAUGCACGUGGCUAUGUUGCAGCUUUGUCACUUGGUGCUCAAGGUGUCUGUCUAGGCACCAGGUUUGUGGCGACUAAUGAGAGCUACGCACACCCAAUAUACAAAAGGAAGUUGAUAGAAUAUGAAAAAACCGAGUACACAGAUAUCUUUGGACGUGCAAGGUGGCCUGGUGCGCCACAACGUGUUCUGCAGACACCUUUCUUUGAUGACUGGAGAUCUCUACAUACCGAUGAAAAUGAAGUUAACCAACCUAUUAUUGGACGUUCCACCAUACAUGGCGUUGAAAAGGAGAUAAGAAGAUUUGCAGGAACUGUACCAAACAUGACAACAACGGGUGAUUUAGAGAGUAUGGCGAUGUAUGCAGGGCAAAGCGUUGGCCUCAUCAAAGAGAUUUUACCAGCUGGAAAAGUAGUGAAAAGUCUUGUGGAAGAAACUCAGCUUCUGAUCCUCAAAAAGUUCAGUAAUUCUACAUGA